AUGAAGGUCCUCGCUAUCCUCUAUCAGGGCGGUGAAGCUGCUACCAAUGAGCCCCGUCUCCUAGGUACCGUCGAGAACAAGCUUGGUAUUCAACAAUGGCUCGAAUCUCAAGGACAUGAAUUCAUUGUGUCCAGUAGCAAGGAGGGACCGGACAGCGACUUCCAGAAGCAUAUCGUCGAUGCUGAAAUUCUCAUCACAACCCCAUUCCACCCGGGCUACCUGACCCGAGAGCUCAUGGAAAAGGCGAAGAAUCUCAAGAUUUGCAUCACCGCCGGUGUCGGCUCAGACCACAUCGACCUCGAUGCUGCCGUCGACCACAACAUCCAAGUCCUCGAGGUCUCCGGAUCGAACGUCGUCUCCGUUGCUGAGCACGUCAUGAUGAGCAUCCUCCUGCUCGUCAGGAACUUCGUGCCUGCACACGAGAUGAUUGAGCGCGGAGAUUGGCAGGUAUCUGAGAUUGCAAGGAACGCGUUCGACUUGGAGGGCAAGGUUGUUGGGACCCUCGGUGCUGGACGGAUUGGGUAUCGUGUGUUGCAACGUCUGCAGCCGUUCAACUGCAAGGAGCUGCUCUAUUACGACUAUGCCCCUCUUCCGGCUGCUGCUGCUGAGUCUGUCGGCGCUCGCCGCGUUGAGGAUCUGAAGGAAUUUGUCUCUCAAUGCGACCUCGUUACUGUCAACUGCCCUUUGCACGAAGGCACUCGCGGCCUCAUCAACGCCGACCUCCUCAAACACUUCAAGAAGGGUGCCUGGAUCGUUAACACCGCCCGCGGAGCCAUCUGCGACAAGGACGCCCUCGCCGCCGCCCUCGCCAGCGGCCAUAUCAAUGGAUACGCUGGCGAUGUCUGGAACGUUCAGCCUGCGCCGAAGGACCACAUCUGGCGUACGAUGAAGAAUCAUCUCGGAGGCGGAAACGGCAUGGUGCCUCACUAUUCUGGAACGACGCUCGACGCCCAGGCGCGGUAUGCGAAUGGGACGAAGGCGAUUCUCGAGAAUUAUCUGCAGAGUAGACCUCAGGAGCCGCAGAACAUUAUCGUUGGGGAUGGGAGGUAUGAGAGCAAGGCUUAUGGACAACGCUAG